AUGAACUCAGUCACAGCCAAUCUAGCCAAAAUCCUCCUCAUCGCCCUAACCGCCUCCUCAUUCCGCCCGCAAAUCCAUGAAAUUCGAAAACGCAGCAGCGGCGAAGGCAUCUCCCUAACCUACAUCCUGCUCAACCUCGUCCUCGCAACAGAACAACUGGCCAUCUACACCCACAUCAUCAUCUUCGACUACAAAGGCGGCGAGGAGAGCAUUAUCGCCAACCCGCCGGGGUUCGGGGACUGGUUGAACUGGACUCAGUUUGUUGUUACCUGGCUGGGGCAGUUGACGCUGUUUGUGGAAGUCUUCCGUUUCCCGCCCCCCCGGCCAUUAGAGAGGACAUGGGGCCUGAUGUUCUACAUCUUCUUCCUCUGCAUCUCGCUCCUGCCCAUCAUCCUCGAACUCGUCACUGAACCGCCUUGGCGGGAACACAGAGCCUACGACGGCUGGUUCGGCGGGCUGUUCAUCGGCGGCCAUAUUCUUUUCGUCAGCCCGGUCGUGACUUUCCUUGGACUUCUAUCGCUGUUCGUCCAGCUGUGGGAGACAUUGUCCCGGGAUACCCUGGGUGCGCUUAGUACAGAGGGACUCGCAUGGCAGGCCGUUGUCUUUGCUGUCGUGGGUGUGAGCUGGGUGUUCAGGAUGGGGGCGCCGAGUCGUCCUGGCUUCUUCUCAGGUUUCAUGAAUUGGUUGUCAAUGGUUGGUUGGGCCGCGCUGGAUAAUCUUGUGUUUGCUUUUGUGCAGGGGUUGUUGUUCUUCGUUGCUAAAGGACGGAUUGGCUCGAAUAGUAUUGCGGGCGAGGUGGCACCGCUGCUAGAGUAG